AGAGAGAGAGAGAGAGAGAGAGCAGUGAAAAUGGCGGAGAUGAAGACCAUUGGCGUGGUGGGCGGCGGCCAGAUGGGCUCGGGGAUCGCUCAACUCGGCGUCGUCCACGGCUUCCAAGUCUGGCUCUUGGACAUGGACCCUCAAGCCCUCGCUCGAUCCGCCGAUUACAUCGCCGCUUCGAUUCGGCGCUUGGUCUCCAAGCGCACCCUCUCUCAGGCAGAAGGUGAUGACGCUCUGCGCUCCCUCCACUGCACCUCGAGCUUGGAAGAACUUCGAUCGAGUGAUUUUGUGAUAGAGGCUAUAGUGGAAUCUGAGGAUGUCAAGAAGAAGCUGUUCUGUGAUUUGGACAAGAUUGUUAAACCCUCUGCUAUUCUGGCGUCCAAUACAAGUUCAAUCUCCAUCACUCGCUUAGCAUCUUCUACGACGAGACCCCGUCAGGUCAUCGGCAUGCACUUCAUGAAUCCUCCACCUUUGAUGAAAUUGGUCGAGAUCAUUCGGGGGGCAGACACAUCAGACGAGACAUUUACCAUCACAAAGACCCUUGCUCAAAGAUUUGGGAAGACGGUUAUAUGCUCGCAGGAUUAUUCUGGUUUCAUUGUUAACAGGAUCCUGAUGCCAAUGAUAAACGAAGCAUUUCACACACUCUACACUGGGGUCGCAACAAAGGAGGACAUUGAUGCUGGAAUGAAGCUCGGGACAAACCAUCCGAUGGGUCCUCUGGAGCUCGCCGACUUUAUUGGGUUGGAUGUCUGCUUGUCCAUAAUGAGAGUACUCCAAGCGGGAUUCGGAGAUAGUAAGUACGGUCCGUGUCCUUUGCUAGUGCAGUAUGUCGAUGCGGGUCGCCUGGGAAGAAAACGAGGUAUUGGGGUAUAUGACUACAGCAAAGUACCUGAACCGAUCAAACCGUCUGCCCGACUGUAGAUAUUGAUCCCUGGAGUACAAUAUAAAGGUGUGGAUGUAAAUGUGAAUUGGAUAGAGUGAAUAGGAUAUCGAUCUAGUGUGACGUAUGGAAUGUAUACAGCACCCUUGGAGAACAUCUUUAUUGCAAGGCACUUUCCUAUAGCAAAUUCAGUUGAGGAUGCAAACCCCGAAGGCGCAAUUUGUGGGGGAGAAGCUUACAAGGCUUGGUAAAUGAUGCAUUUGCAAAUGUUUUGGUUUCCCCAAAGGAAUAUCAGCUCACUUUAGUAUAUGACUAUAUCAGAAGGCGAAUCGAUGGAAGUAGUAACACAAGCGAUGGGAAAACGAGCAGCAGAAAUGCGACUUCUUUUCGGAAGCUAAAUUGUUUGGGAUUUCAUGCAUCAUUUAUAUAUCAAGCCUUGUAAAUUUCUCCACCACAAAUUGCACCUCCGGGUCUCCACCUCGCCAGAAUUUGUUAUGGAUAGUAGCGUCCCAAGAUGAAGAUAUUCUGCAAGGGUGCCACAUGUAUUUUGCAUAACUCCAGAAAGAUAUCAUAUUCGUGGAAGGCAAGCUGUGAAGCGUAAGAUGCUUUUACUGGACAUGUCUACUCGUGUUUCCUUCAAUGUUUUCAAGAUUAUAUCCAGCGUUAAUGGA